CUGCCCCGCCGCCAAGAUGGCGUCGGCCCUGGAGCAGUUCGUCAACAGCGUCCGGCAGCUCUCGGCCCAAGGACAAAUGACCCAGCUUUGUGAACUGAUCAAUAAAAGUGGAGAACUGCUAGCAAAAAAUCUUUCCCAUCUGGAUACAGUGCUUGGUGCCCUGGAUGUGCAGGAACACUCUUUAGGAGUUCUUGCUGUUUUGUUUGUGAAGUUUUCUAUGCCCAGCAUCCCUGACUUCGAAACCUUAUUCUCACAGGUGCAGCUUUUUAUCAGCACUUGUAAUGGGGAACACAUUAGAUAUGCAACAGACACUUUUGCUGGCCUGUGCCACCAGUUAACAAAUGCCCUUGUGGAGAGAAAACAGCCCCUGCGAGGAAUUAGCAUUCUCAGACAAGCCAUAGACAAGAUGCAGAUGAACACAAACCAGCUGACCUCAAUACAUGCAGAUCUCUGCCAGCUCUGUUUGUUAGCAAAAUGCUUUAAACCUGCCCUCCCGUAUCUAGAUGUGGACAUGAUGGAUAUUUGUAAAGAGAAUGGGGCAUAUGAUGCGAAGCACUUUUUAUGCUACUACUACUAUGGUGGGAUGAUAUACACUGGGCUAAAGAAUUUUGAAAGAGCACUCUACUUUUAUGAACAGGCAAUAACUACUCCAGCCAUGGCAGUCAGUCAUAUUAUGUUGGAAUCCUAUAAAAAGUAUAUUCUAGUUUCUUUGAUACUACUUGGCAAAGUUCAGCAGCUACCAAAAUACACUUCCCAGAUAGUUGGUAGGUUCAUUAAGCCCCUUAGCAAUGCUUACCACGAAUUAGCACAAGUUUAUUCAACCAACAAACCCUCGGAGCUUCGAAAUCUGGUGAACAAACACAGCGAAACGUUCACAAGGGAUAACAAUAUGGGGCUGGUGAAGCAAUGCUUGUCAUCUCUCUACAAAAAGAAUAUUCAGAGGCUAACCAAGACGUUUUUAACGUUGUCAUUACAAGACAUGGCAAGUCGAGUGCAGUUGUCGGGACCCCAAGAAGCAGAAAAAUACGUCCUCCACAUGAUAGAAGAUGGUGAAAUCUUUGCAAGUAUUAAUCAGAAAGAUGGUAUGGUCUGUUUCCAUGAUAAUCCUGAAAAAUACAACAAUCCAGCUAUGCUUCAUAACAUUGAUCAGGAGAUGCUGAAAUGUAUAGAGCUUGAUGAACGACUGAAAGCCAUGGAUCAAGAGAUCACUGUGAACCCUCAGUUUGUGCAGAAGAGUAUGGGAUCUCAAGAAGAUGACUCAGGGACCAAACCAUCCAGUUAUUCUUGAAAUUAAUGUUGCUCACCACUCCGCUUUCAAGUAAAGGCUUAAGAAAGAAUCACGCCUGGAAUAGGGCAUUGAGGAGUUCCAUGAAGAGAGCAGAGAGAACUGAGCUUUGCUUUUCACCUGGACAUUAAGAAAAUUAAAAAAAAAAAAAAAAGAACACCCUCUCAGUACUGUAUAAUACCAGAAAUAUUCUCUGCAAAGAAA